AAAGUUUUUUCGGAGUGCAAAACGCUUCUGGGAAAUUCACUAAAUCAGAACAAUGCUGAUGCCAUCAUUUGUUUGCUCAUUUUGAGUCGCGAUCCUGAUUACCAGAAGCGUUUGUCCGAAUCCGACACGCUCGCCCUUCUACUUCGAGAAGCAGCUCUUGAUCCAUAUUCACCAAAGCCACCGGAUGAAUGCAUUAUAGGAGCAUUAAAAUGCCUCUCAAAUGUCAUUUUUAAAAAUCCGGAGGUUAUCCAGCACUUGAGAACAAAGCAUUGCUUUGAUACGUUGCUGGACCGUUGUGAGGCUCAGACUAAGGGCCCCUCAAACUUCCAAAUCGCAUUAUUCGAUCUGAAGGUACUCUUCCUCUGUUCUGCAUUGGAGUCAGCCGCUCGUCUUGAAAUUCUUACAUCGCGUUUUGAAUCCGACACUUUUGUUAACCUUCUUCGAUGGACGCUAGCCUCUGACUUCUCUGUUCAACCUCAAAUGGUUGAUAUUGCUAUAGAAACGUUAAAGCUGCUUUUUAACUUAAGUUACGCAAAGAAAGAACGAGAUUACGACCAGCGGCUUUAUGAAUCCUCGUAUCGUGACCUUACUGCAGUCAUUCGUGAAAUGCUUGUGAAUCCGACGAAGCCUCGUGAACGCAGAAUGGAGCUCGUUAGCCAUUUGGUCAACUUUCUCACGACGGUUCCAACUGCAUGCUACGUGGAGCUACUCUUUCCUCCCCCUGAUCUUGAGGCAUCUAUGCAAUCUGGGGACUUUCACACAGAUCCUCAGGCCACUCAAGGUCUCUCGGUUCUUGUCGAGUUUCUGGAGUAUCAAUUGGAUCAAGAUGAUAAGUCGUCAUCUCAUCCGGGACAACUGCUCUCUCCCAUUCUGACGGUAAUGGCUACUGCUUCAAAGGCUAACAGGACAAUCAGAAAGUACUUCCGCAUGAGGCUGCUGCCGCAUCUUGGUGCAGAUGUCAAGCGUCUGCCAGAAACAGGCAACACUCUUCGUAACCGGCUGUGCAGUAGAUUAACUGCCAGGGCAAAGUUGGACGAUGGAACUGUGGAGGCUGUGGCACUGCUCAUUUUUAUUCUCUGCAAGGAAAAAGUCGAUCGUGCCGUGAAGUAUUCGGGAUUUGGGAAUUUUGUGGGUUUCCUCUCACGUCACGGUCUCAUGGCACCAUCUGGGAGCCGUAGCAGUGGCGACACCUACUCUUCAGCCUCCUCAGACUCUGAGACGGAGGACUAUCGGGAGCUGAAAGACCAAAUUAAUCCUGUAACGGGUCGUGUUGAACCACCGCGUCGUAAUCCGAUGGAGGGUCUCAGUGAUGAGCAAAAGGAAUUUGAGGCUAUGCAAUUAGUCAACAAGAUUGAUCAACUUCAAAGAAGCGGUUUAAUCCAACCUGGAGUUGUGGGUGAGGAUGGACGUGUGAGACCCGCGGAGCACGUCUUGGAGCUGGUGCAGAACAUUCCUGAUGAGGAGGAGGACAAGGAGUCAGAUUAG